AUGUACUCGUCGAAUAUCGGCACUCAAGGCCACAGAGCUUCGUCUCUGUACUCGGGCUACCAGUACUCCCAGUACAAGCCCGUCCCGGGCCCUUACCAGCACCAGGUGCCUUUCCAGCACCACCAGCCCCAAAUGUCUAUGGGCAUGGGCGGCUACUACUCGAACCCUAUGGUCCAGGGUCCUCCUCCUUACAUGCCUGUCCAGGCUCCUUUGGCUCCUUUGGCUGCUCCACCUUUAGCUCCCGUGGCUAACCCAGCCCCAGCUCCCGCCCCAGCUCCUGCUGCCGGUGGUAUCAACGCUGUUUUGGAGUACGAGCCCAACGACAUGGCAGCUUUCCUUUGCUGGUGUGCAUUUGGCAUGCUUAACCAAAAUAGGAACCCUACCAAGGACUUUGAGAAGAUGGCCGUUUCCAUUUUAUAUGCUACUCGCUUGCCUAAGUCCUCCAUCAUUAUCGCUUUGGAGUAUAUGAACCAGCGCUUCUCGUCGGCCCCACUUGGAUACUUGUCUGAGCACGAGAUCUUUGUCAAGUUGGUCGUCGCUUUGGUGUUGGCCAACAAGUUCAAUGAUGACAACACCUUCACUAACAGAUCAUGGUGUGGUGCUACUGGCCUUCAGAUCGAAGUCAUCAACGAGGAAGAGGCCACCUGGCUCCGUGAAGUCAAGUGGCAGUUGAACGUCGUCAAGUUUAGAGACAACAUCCGCACAUUGGAGGAGUGCUGGAGAACCUGGUUGGACAAGUACCUGCCCCAGGCUCAAGCCCAGUCUCAGGCCCAACAGCCUGCCUCUCCAAUGCUGUCGUCGGAGAAGGGUUUCUACAGCUCGUCGCCCGUUCCAUCCUCGCCAUUGUACCAGUCUUCGAUCUCGUCUGGCUACAAUGUGUCUCCUUCGGACAUGACACCACCAAAAUAUUCUCAAGACCCAUCUUGGUCUCAGAACUACAACUUCAGACCGCUGUACCCAACACAGCUGUCUAUUUGGGCCUACACGCCGACCCAGUACCAAUACGUUCCCCAGCAUGAUCCAGCAAUGUCUGGCGUUAACUACUUUGGUUACAACAAUCCUUACUACGCCUGCAACAUGGCGUCCUGUUAA